CAGGAUGUAAGCUGUGCUGUCAGACGUCCUCAGCAUCACGCUGGACGCUGGAAACAGAUUCUCCAGCGUUAGUGAGGCUCUGCAGACCGGCCGUGGGUGGGAGAGAGAUACAGAAAGAUGAGGAGGAAUCAGGUGUGGGGAGCUUCUGCUGGAUGUGAGCCGGUCUGAGGGCUCAGUGAGGAGGCAGGAGGAGAGCCGAGUGGAUCUGUCUGCCGUGGGUCUGAUCCUGGAGUGGAUCUGUCUGCCGUGGGUCUGAUCCUGGAGUGGAUCUGUCUGCCGUGGGUCUGAUCCUGGAGUGGAUCUGUCUGCCGUGGGUCUGAUCCUGGACGUCCACAGAAACCAGGAAACCCAGAGGAGAAGUGUUGGUUUUCUCUGAUUAGUCGCAUCCAUAGGCGUCGAAACACAAGGUGGAUCUGUUCUACAAGGUCCGCCACGUCAUGAUGGAGCUGAUGGACCUGAGGAGACAGCUGCUGUCCGGUCAUCUAACCCAGGACCAGAGCCGAGACGUCAAGAGACACAUCACUGUCCGCCUGGACUGGGGCAACGAACACCUGGGUCUGGAUCUGGUGCCCAGAAAGGAGUUUGAGAUGGUUGAUGAGGACCAGAUCAGCGUGUCAGACCUCUACAAGAUGCAUCUGUCCAGCAGACACAGCGUCCAGCAGAGCAGCACUCAGGCCGACAGUAACCGGCAGCGACAUGGAGAACCUUGCAGGGUUCCGGUUCCUCACCACCUGCUGGUCAACCUGAAGAGCUUCACCUACAACAGCAUCGGAGAAGACACGGACAUCUUCUUCUCUCUGUACGACCUGCGGGAGGCCAGGACCAUCAGUGAGAAGUUCAUGGUGAGGCUGAACAAGAACGGAGGACCGAAGAACCCGGAGAAGGUGGACCGUCUGUGCGCUCUGUUCACGGACCUGAGCAACAAAGACAUGAAGAGAGAUCUCUACAUCGUCUCCCAGGUCAUCAGAACAGGUCGGAUGCUGCUGAAUGACAGUAAGAAAGGUCCUCCACACGUCCAGUACCGCCGGCCGUACGGCUGCGCUGUUCUGGCCAUGAGCGACGUCCUGCAGACCAUCUCAGAGCUCAAGGAGGAGAAAGACUUCGUCCUCAAAGUCUACACGUGCAACAAUGAGAACGAAUGGUACCAGAUCCAUGAGAACAUCAUCCGCAAGUCCAGCACCAAAUACACGGCGCCCAGCACCAGCUACGGUCUGAUCAUCUCUCUGCAGCUGCUGCGAGGCGACAUGGAGCAGGUCCGCAGAGAAAACCCUCUGAUCUUCAGCCGGGGCGUCGCCAUCACCCGCAAACUGGGCUUCCCGGACGUCAUCAUGCCCGGAGACAUCCGGAACGACCUCUACCUCACUCUGGAACGAGGAGACUUUGAGAGAGGAGGGAAGAGCGUCCAGAAGAACAUCGAGGUGACCAUCUACGUUCUCUACGCCGACGGAGAGAUCCUGAAGGUAGGACGUCCUCUACUUUCUGCUCCAACACCUCGUCCUCAUCCUGACCAUCUAAUCUGGAGGUUAUGCAGCAGGUUUUAUUAGGCUUUAGGUUAGAUUUUUUUUAGAUGUAUUAAAAUGCAGGACAUCAACCCUCUAACUCCAGUUUCUCAGCUUUUCAUGGUAAAUCCUGCAGCUCUGUGGAACCAGAACAUCAUGUAGAAGAACUCAGACUGUCAGCAGGUAGAAAGACAAAAAUCAGGGGGAAAAAAAGAGAAAAAAACUAAGGCUGAAUUUGAAAAAAACCCACAUUUUUCCAUGUGACCAAUUCUGAAAUAAUCGAUAGUUUUACAAGCUAAAUAUUUUUAUGUCUCUUUACAUUUUACAGCCUCAGUAAACAUGUGUCUCCAUGCUGAAUGGAUCUCAAUCACCUUGCUCCUCUGGUCUGUUUCUGAGCCAUGCUGACUUUAUUUAUUCAUCCAGUAGCUUUGGUUUCAGAAAGUUGUCCAAAAUAAACCAUAAACAUAAACUUUACCAAAGUAAUAUAAAAUGACCUAAAAAUGAUCCAAAACGACAAAAUGAUGACGGAAACCAGAAAGAAGAAAACAAAAGUGGAUUUUUUGUGACUUAGUUUAUUUAUUCCUAAAAACUGUAUACCGUAAUAAACAGUCAUAAUCACAUUUGUCCAGAGAUGCUUCCACUGCUGCAGAGUUACAUUUUAUUGCUCCAAUUUGUUUUAUUUAUUAAAAUCCUGAAGGAGAGAAGUUCUGUCAGCAGAACUCAAAGGAGA